AUGGCUUCCACGGACCGUGAAGCACUGGUUGCCCUGUUUCGUUCGACCGGCGGGGCUGGAUGGAGGCAGAGAGGCAACUGGGACACAGAUGCUGCCAUAGCGAUAUGGAAUGGAGUCGAAGUCAACGACCAGGGCCGGGUGGUCAAGCUUUCCCUGAAAUUGAAAAGCCUCCGAGGACCCAUCCCACCAGGUAUCAGCGCCUUGGAGAGCCUCAGCCUUGGCUACAACGAGUUAGAUAGCAACAUCCCUCCAGAGCUAGGAGAUCUCCGACAGCUGCAGACGCUAUAUCUCAACAGCAACCGCCUGACAGGUCCCAUCCCUGUGGAGCUUGGACGGCUCGCCGUACUGGAGUACCUCAGCCUUGGGGGGAACGAGCUAACUGGCCCCAUCCCGCGGGAGCUCGGGAACCUCGCAGCGCUACAAUACUUCAGCCUUGGAUAUAACGAGCUAAGCGGCCCCAUCCCAUCGGAGCUUGGGCACCUUUCAGCACUGAAGAGGCUCUACCUUUCCAACAACCAGCUGAGCGGAACGAUACCGGAGGCGCUAGGGAAGCUGACUGCGUUGCAGGGGCUUUAUCUGCAUCGCAACAAACUCUCAGGACCCAUCCCCAAGGAGCUGGGAGAACUUAGUAGGCUGGAGAUGCUUUGGCUCAACGACAACAGCCUCACAGGCCCCAUCCCGCGGGAGCUCGGGAACCUCGCAGCGCUGCGAGACCUCAACCUUAGCUACAACAAGCUGAGCGGCCCCAUCCCAUCGGAGCUUGGGCACCUUUCAGCAUUGAAAGAGCUCUACCUUCACAACAACCAGCUGAGCGGUCCCAUCCCUGUGGAGCUUGGACGGCUCGCCGUACUGGGGUACCUCAGGCUUGAGGUGAACGAGCUAACUGGCCCCAUCCCAUCGGAGCUUGGGCACCUUUCAGUACUGAAGAGGCUCAACCUUUCUGGAAACCAGCUAAGCGGUCCCAUCCCUGUGGAGCUUGGACGGCUCGCCGCACUGGAGUACCUCAGCCUUGGGGCGAACGAGCUAACUGGCCACAUCCCGCGGCAGCUAGGAGAUCUUGGCGCCCUCUACACCCUCGACCUCAGCUACAACAAGCUAGAGGGUCCCAUCCCUGUGGAGCUUGGACGGCUCGCCCUACUGGAGUACCUCAGCCUUGGGGGGAACGAGCUAUCUGGCCCCAUCCCGCGGGAGCUCGGGAACCUCGUAGCGCUACAACACCUCAACCUUGGAAGCAACGAGCUAAGCGGCCCCAUCCCAUCGGAGCUUGGGCACCUUUCAGCACUGAAGCAGCUCCACCUUUACAGCAACCAGCUGAGCGGGACCAUCCCGAAGGAACUCGGAGCUCUGAGGCAGCUGGGUCAUCUUUGGAUUCCCAACAACCAGUUUUCCAGACUAUGGCACACACUCGGACAGGACCAGACUGGUUCAAUGGCAGCCCGGCCAGGUACGCUUCCGGUGGAUUUAGCCCGUCUUCUGGACAGGUUUGACGGGCUUGUAACUUUGGACCUUUCCCGAAACCCGUGGGAGCACCCUCCCGAGGCGAUCGUGGCGGGUGGCGUGCAGGCGGUGAGGGGCUACUACGAUGCCAUGUUCAAGGGCGGAACUACCGCUGUGACCCGACCGCUUAAAGUCGUCAUCAUUGGAAAGGAGACUGUGGGCAAGACAAGUUUGCGGCGCAGCAUCACGACCGGGGGGCCGUGUAUGACACAAAACGGUGGUGUGGAAAGCACUGUCCACGUGGAUGUCGAAGACCACAAAGUCGAUGGUCAUCCAAUUCGGAUAUUUGAUUGUGCCGGUCAGGUUGUCUACUACGGACUGCUCCAGCUAUUUCUCACCCCUCGUGCCGUGUACCUGUUGGUAUGGGAUGCGGCGAAAGCCAGCGAGAUGGAUGGCUUGAACCUUGAAGACCUUGCCAUUGCCCCCUGGCUACGUUACUUGACUUUCCGUGUGCCGGAUGCAAACGUGAUCCUUGUGGGGAACAAGUGGGACCGCGUGGUAAGGACCAGGGGUACAGUAGCGGAUGACGUAGAAUGCGAGAGCCGCCGAUGGCUGAAGUCCUGGAUGGAGAAAGCACAUGGACAUCAACCCCACGGACUUUCGUUGGAAGAUGGCGUCAGCCUUGUGAGCUGCGCGCAGUCUGGCCUAGGCGUCUCGGCACCAGCGUUCGGUGGGGGAACAGGCUGGCCCUGCGACAAGAGCACCCCGGGGCUUUUUCAUCGCAUGAUAUACGAUCCUGUCGAUGACAAGAGGACUGUUACCAUGCAUCUUCCGCCGAGCUACCGACUCGCCCUUGAGAUGCUUGAGGAGCUGGCCUCUUCCAGUAGGCGCAAGGCCGAACAACGAACCCGGGGCAUCACAAGAGCGGAUUUGGAGGAAAAGUGGCACGCCAAGGUGGCUGAGCUGAACGGAGCCGGCACGCCGGUAGCCGCCCCAGAAGCGGCAAUGCCUGGUGCGAUCUUGAUCAGGAAGUGGGAGGGAGGGCUGGUGGAAUACGGCAACUACGUCUUCCUCGACGUCGAGUGGUUUGCCACAGUUCUGGACCCUUUGUUUAGUCACAGGCGAGAUUCAUACGGCGACAUUGAUCUGGGUGGUAUUCGGGUGACCAACCUUGCAAGCUUGCGCCGGCUGGACAACGAACAUGUUUUCGAGCCGCAACUCGCUGAGGAGCUGUGGACUCCAGAGCUCGCACCACACCUUCUCCUGGCGUUGAAGAGCGCAGGGCUGACGUUUCCCUUACCGAACGACCCCAAUGGGGGCUUGGUGAUCCUUUUGCGCAUGGACACAACGCGCCCACCUGAGUAUGGUAUCAAGCUCGAGCAAGUGCACAAAGCUAGCGAGGCCGACCUGAGGCUUACUGUGGCAUGCUCGUUCAGUCUAGGUUUGCCCCCUGGCUUUGUCGAGCGUCUCCUAGCGCGGUGCUGCCACAUGGGCUAUCCUUUCCCCUUCUGGCGAUACGGGGCUCUGAUAGUGGGGAAUGGUGCGGAAAAAGGGUUGUUCUCACUGAGUGUAGAGUACUCUGAGGAGGACAAGAUCCUGGCAUUGGAGGUGUUCGGAGGAUGUGAGGAGGUGCAUGCGUGGGCGGCUCUGUCGAAAGUCCUCUCCGUCAUGAUCAAGAUGCUCUCGGAGUUCCCUGGUUUACCAUGCGAGCUGAUGUUCUUCUGCCCACAGCACAAGACCAAGGGCAUGCCGAUCAGGACGACAGAUGGACGACCGGGAUCCUGCCUGGUGGAGGAGAGCUACUUUUGUCAACUCUGCCAGGAUCGUGAGGCGGGUAUUGACCUUUUGGCAGCUGCUCUUCAGGUUGUGGAAUUCUCAGACGAGAAGUUCCUCGAUGAACCGCUCCGGGAGCAGUUUGCCGAGAAUGCCGAGAAGGUGGCUCGUCAGGGCUGUGCGUUAUGGCCUGGGAUGAACUACGAGGUUGAGGUUUCUGGUCCGGCCUCUUCCGGCAUCAGUCCGGGCAUCCAAGCACCUGCCCAGAUCAGAUCGAGCAACCAAGCACCUGUGCAGAGUGGUUCGAGCAGCCAAGCAUCUACAGAAGGCAGUCCGCCCAGCCAGGUUUCGGGGACGCCAUGGUAUCAGGACGUGAAGACGUUGGUAGGCGCAGCCAGCGUGGCGUGUCUCACUGUCUUCGGGGUAUUCGCUGCCAAGGAAGAUGACGACCCUCGUCUGUGGGGGGUGUUCCUCGGCGUUGGCAUGUUGUUGAUUGGCGCAGAGUUCGUUUUGAUUGCCAGAGAGCACAAGCUUUUGUGCUGCAAACCAAGGGUGGAAGCUGCGAGUGCUGUGUAG